UAUUGAUAUAAAUACUUGAUGGAUAGGUAUGAAAAUUAUCAUGACUCUUAUGGAGGGGAAGAAGAAUUCAGAAAAGCAAACUACUCUGAUAUGGUAAACAAGUAUUAUGAUCUUGCCACUAGCUUCUAUGAUUUUGGUUGGGGAGAAUCAUUUCACUUUGCUAGUAGAUGGAAAGGAGAGUCUAUGCGCGAAAGCAUUAAGACGCACGAGCACUUCCUUGCGCUGCAAUUGGGGUUGAAACCUGGGAUGAAGGUCCUGGAUGUAGGCUGCGGAAUUGGUGGGCCUCUACGUGAGAUUGCUAGAUUCAGUUCAAUAUCCAUUACAGGGUUAAACAACGAGUAUCAGAUCUCAAGAGGAACAGAGCUCAACCGCUUAGCAGGAUUAACCAAAUCAUGUGAAUUUGUCAAGGCUGAUUUCAUGAAAACGUCAUUUUCUGAUGACACGUUUAAUGCAGUCUAUGCAAUUGAAGCAACUUCCCCUGCUCCAGAUGUGGUUGGCUGCUACAAGGAGAUCUACCGAGUGUUAAAGCCUGGUCAGUAUUUUGCCGUAGAUGAGUGGUGCAUGACUGACCAUUACAAUCCAAAUAAUUAA